UAUAUGUUCCAUAAAAUAAACUUCAGUCGUGCAUUAUGAAUUUUAUAUUUAAUUUGCUAGCCCCUUUGAAAGUCUUGACACCUUAAAAUAAUCCCAUUACUAUGUAAUUAUUUAUAUCUCAAUCAUCUAAUUAUUGUGUUAUAGUAGUUGAUGGAUUUAAGCUUUUAUGGAGGAGACAACCUUACCUGGCUACGUAUUACAUGACAAACACUAACUAAACAACUGAAGAAAUAAAGCAAUCCAGCCGUGCAAUCACAUGCUUAUUUAAUUAGGCCACUGUUAAUCUUGUCUCUCUUACUAUGGAUGUCUACCUAUAAAUACCAACACUCGAGCUUCAAUGCCAACACAAGUUUUAAAACUCCCCUCAUCAGAGAGAAAAUCAUAAGAAAUGGCUGCUCUUUCUUCAAAACCUAAUCACAUUCGAUCAGUCAGUUUUCCUGGCAGAUCACACCCAACCACCCAGAGAGUUGAAGAGGAGCUAAACAAGCUCAAAUCUUUGGAAGUAUCAGUUGCACCAGCAGCUGUGACCAAUGGUCUACUUGGUUUGGAGAAAUUAUACAAGUGCAUUGAUGAUCUUUUCAACUUACCUCAAACCCUUCAUGCCCUAUCCCAGAAUCUACAUGCAAAAUGGUUUGACGAUUUAUUGGAUAAAUCAGUGAGGCUUCUUGACCUUUGUGGCACAAUAAGGGAACUUGUCUCACAAUGUAAAGAAAAUGUAAGAGAUCUUCAAUCCUCCCUCAGAAGGAGAAAAGGAGAUUCAACUACAGAUGACAGCGUUGAAAGAUUUACCUCUUUCAUCAAGAAGAUCAAGACGGAUGCCAAAAGAUUAGUCUCCACUUUGAAGCAAAUGGAUCAAGUGACUGCAGUAUCGGUCUUGCUAGAUGCAGAUCAAGAUGCAUUACCUGCGAUUAGAGCAAUAAAAGAAGCUAAUGCAGCAUGUCUUUCAACUUUCCAAAUGCUCUUGUCCUUCUUGUGUGUGCCACUUUUGAAGCCUAAGCUAUCUAAAUGGUCACUGCUUUCAAGAUUGGUAAACAAAGAAAGAAUAGUUCCACUAGUCCUAGAAGAAAACAUGAGCUUAGAUGCCAAGCUUGAAAACUUUGAGGCUUAUCUUGUCAGCUUCGAAGAUGGAUUGGAAGCAACAUUUAGAUGCCUGAUUAGAUGUAGAAGCUCACUACUGAAUGUUUUAUCCUGCUAA